AUGUCAUGGUUUAUGAACUGGUGGAGGCUUAACAUAUUGAACCUCAUUCACUUGAGGUUUACCAUGUGGUGGCUUGUGAACUGGAAGAGGCUUCACAUAUUGACCUUCGUUCAGAGGAGGCUUACUAUAUGGUCUAAAUCCAAUGGUCCUUUUCUGUCAAAGGUUCAAAGGUUGGUGUGGAAUUUCAAUAGUUCUGUUGUGUUGUGUAGGGGAUUUUGUCUUGUUAGAUUGCAAAGUUUGAAAAUAGAUGUGUCGCGAGGGCCAAAGUUCUACACUGCACAUAGCAAAGUGGGGGGAGCACCAAUCCUCUGCAUUGCGAUCACCUACGCCACCAAAACGCAUCUCCAGUCACCUACUGCCACCGUUGAAAGAUUGAGGAAGAAGCACAUUGAGAUGGAAAGAGAGUUGCAGAGAGGGUACGUGAAGAAGGGGCCAUGGAGUAGUGAGGAAGAUGAAGUGCUGCUGAGACACGUGAGCAAGUGUGGUCCAAGGGAGUGGAGCUCCAUUCGAUCCAAAGGCUUGUUGCCACGAACAGGAAAAUCCUGUCGCCUUAGAUGGGUUAACAAACUUAGACCAAACUUGAAGACUGGAUCCAAGUUUACAGCAGAAGAAGAGAGAUUGGUGAUAGAAUUACAGGAAGAGUUUGGGAACAAAUGGGCCAAAAUUGCAACGUAUUUGCCAGGGAGAACGGACAAUGAUGUGAAAAACUUCUGGAGCAGUAGGAGAAAGAGGUUGGAGAGGAUGUUGCAGAAGCCACCAACGUUAAAGCCGCACAGAAACGAGGAAAAACCUCCUCUUACUCAAGUGCCAGUGGAUAAGGUUCCUCCAUGCAGUUCCAAUCAGGUGGAGGCAAACCUUUCUUACCCUACUUCCUACAUGGGAAACACCGAGGUGUUCGAGAUGAUCAACCUACCAGAUUUGAUAAAGCCAAACUAUCAAGAGAUAGAAAAUGAUUACUUGAGUGCAGUCGAGGUUGAGGCCACCCCACUUCACGCAGUGCCAUCGUUUGAGUCUUCGUCAGGGUACCACUUCCCUCUACUCCCUGAGCCACUAAUCGACUUUCCACUAUUCCCACAGUGCCAGGACCUUGUUGCAGAGUCCUUUGAUCCAAAUUUUAUUGUUGAGUUCGAGGAGAAGAAAUGUUCAGAGCUUGGGACCGGGUUGCCAACUCUUGGAUUCGAGGGAAAUUCUCAAAUUACAAGUUCAAAUGGAUUAUUUAAGGACUUCUCAAAUGAGAUUUUUGAAUAUUUUGAGCAUGUUCCAACCUCAACACAACAAUAA